CAACCCCGAAGGAGUCUGGUCGAUGAAAAUUGCCCACAGCAGACUACUUGGCAUUAAAGACGGCUGGCGGUGGAAGCUGCGGUAACCCGUUUCCAGAAUCUACUGCUCAGUUUUUUUGCCAACACCAAAUUUGGAUCAGCUUGGUGGAGAAACGAGAGGAAAACCUGAAUCUUUGCCUAAACGGUGGAGGCCUGAACUGAGGCCUGAUCUGAACCUCCUUCUUCCAGCCCUCCUGCCAAUUUGUGAGCCUGGUUGGCAUCUUCUUUAACAAGAAAAACUCAAAGUGAAAGUGACCACUUUUGGAACCUGUGUUUGAACACCAUAAACAUAUUUGAAGCGUUAUUAAAGUCUUGAGGAAGUACACGACCAAACAUUUCCUGAAUACUUCUGUGUGACAACAUGGCAAAGAAAAACAGCCAGAAGGAUACGUCAGGGGUGGUGUUUGAUACUCGCUCAAAAAUGGCCAUGUCCCAGGGAGGAACAGCUGAGAGGAUGAAGGAGAAGAUCAGUGCCGUCAGGGCUGUCGUCCCAAACAAAAGUAACAAUGAGAUUGUGCUGGUUUUGCAGCAUUUUGAGAACUGUGUUGAUAAGGCCGUUCAAGCUUUCUUAGAAGGCAGUGCAGUUGAGAUCCUGAAGGAGUGGAAUGUCACCGGCAAAAAGAAGCCCAAGAAGAAAAAGAAGCCCAAGCCUCAGCCAGAGGCUUCAGCAGAGCCUGCUCCACCUGAGGCCGCCUCACCUGAGGAGGGCAAGGAUGAGGUGAACGGCUUUCAUGCCAACGGAUCAGUAAUGGAUGGAGAGUCACUUGAUUCUCUGAGUGAGCAGUUGGACUCUGCCUCCCUGGAUGCGGCCGAGCUGGACUCAGAACCUGCUACAUCCGAAACCACCGGUGCAGAAGCAGAGAGUCAAAGUAGCGCUCCAAGUCCUCCCCUACAGCAAGGAGGGAGGAAUCACCAGGGUCCCAGAGGCAACAAGAACCGACACAGACUGGGCUCAAAUUCACAUCCACCCACUUCCACCUCAUUACCACCCACCACUGACGAGCAAGGAUCGUCAGGAGCCAAGAAGAUGGCUUCCAACAUUGACCGCUCUGUGAAGGACCUGCAGAGAUGCACCGCCUCGCUGACUCGCUACAGGAUGGUGGUCAAGGAGGAGAUGGACUCCUCAAUCAAGAGGAUGAAGCAGACAUUUGCUGAGCUCCAGAGCUGUUUAAUGGACAGAGAAGUGACUCUACUGGGAGAAAUGGACAAAGUGAAAGCAGAGUCCAUGAUGAAUCUGGACGCCCGGCAGAAGAGAGCGGAGGAGCUCAGACGGCUGACAGACCAGUCGGCGUCCAUGUCUGAGGAGCAGUUGACUGAACUGCGUGCAGACAUAAAGCACUUUGUGAGCGAGCGUAAAUAUGAUGAGGACCUUGGAAAAGCUGUAAGAUUUACAUUUGAUCUCGAGCCGCUGAAGAUGAGCAUCACAGGCUUUGGAUCAGUUUACCAUCCACGUACAGGCUAUUCAAAUCGGUCCCGCUGUAGCUCCACGUCCUCCUCUGUCACCAGCCCAAGCCUGCUGGAAACUCCUCCUCCCCCCCAGACCCAAAGCGCCCCCAGUGAAAACCGCCCUCCACCAAACAAACAGAUUUUCCAAGGCAACAGGCGCACUUUCCAGGGACAAGGGUAUCACUCGGGUCAGAGGUAUAACGGUGGUUCCUACCACGACAGGAACGCCGGUCGUGCUAACUACCGCUACCAGAGUGACGGCGGCUCCUCUGGUCCUUCACAGCACUCGCACAGCUCGAGAGGUCCCCACCAUUCCUCCACGUCCUCCUACAACCAAGACCGACCCUCUCAUAACGGGCUGCCCCAAAGGCUUCCUCGGACGCACUGCCCUUGACAUUGGAAAUCCCGUGCUCAAUCAAAAUCCAUCUCCUAACCCUCGCACUCCCCUCCCCCAUAGCCUCCCUAUCCCCUCCGCAUCCUCCCCUCUACUAACUCCUCUCAAUGAAGAAUAGAAUACAAGUUUACAUAUUUCCAUCAGUUGAGCUGUAGUGCUACCUGUCCACAUCAACCCAUUCAUCCUUCAAACUUGAAAAGCUCUCACUGUUCUGUAAUCGCUCUUCCUUUUCCAUUUCUCUCAUCCUGUUAAGGUAACAGCUUCUAUCUUUAGGCCCCCUUCGAGAGAUCUCAUUGCUAUGCUUUCCUCAGUCUCUGCUAUUAUUUUUUUGCAGUUAAGCUGUCUGCAAGAGACCGACAUGAUUUCCUGCAACAACUUGUGCACUAUUGAAGUUGAACUCUUAGUACUAUUUCUAUUUUUGCUGUGGCUUAUGUCAGCUCUCUGAUGUGCACCUCAGAUGUUUUUUUGUUUUUUUUAGUUCUCGUCUCCCAGAACCAUUUCAAUGCCUUCACCAUGGAAAGCGUAGUGAAAGUGCAAAAGUAGUUCUAGCAGUAACAGAGAUUCUUGUCAUCAGGAGAGUAGACUUGCAAUCAACACUACAGACUAUCGUUAAUCUUUACAUGAAGGUAAAAACAUAUCAAACUGUAAUCCAGAGGUUUUCAUAUGGCUGCUAUAAACCAUAGGGAACAUGUUAACACUAGGACUAGGAUGUGUUUUAGAGUAACUGUGAACACAGAAGUCGCCCUCUUAAAGGAAGAGUUUGAUGUGGGGAAUGGCUCAUUUCCACUUGUAGAGAGUUGGAUAAGAUGAAGGAUGCCAGGCUCGUGUCUGUGUGCUAAAUUAAAACUGUCAACAGCAGUUGGGAUGGGAAUUAAUGAGAUUUCAUUCAUACCAAUACUAUCCUCAAUUCUGCUUAUAGGUCCAAUUUUUUAUCGAUUCCGUUAUUGAUUCCUGAUCAGCACUAUGUGAGGGGGGAUAGGCCGACAGAUUUUCAGCGUCAAUGCACCGGUGACACUCGAUCACCCUUUCUUAGCUCAUUUUCCCUGUGCAGUAAGCACGAAAGGGGGAGCUGAUGGACGAGUCAAACUGGCUGUAGCCUGAGAGCAGUCUCUCUGUCAUCAUCAUCUACAGUGGAUGAAAUGAAAGAAUGUUUGCUCAUAUAGGCUUUAUAGCCAAAGAAAAAAUUUGCUAAGCUUGCCUGCAACCGCUGUUGUUAUAACAGGAUAUUUACCCUCUGUAUCAGACGUGCUGCUCAGUUGGGAAGUAGUGGCACUCGUGUGGAGAGUGUCAAAUACAUGGCAUUCCUGGAUUUACCCACGUUGUGUAGAAAGAUAUUUCAGCAUGUUGCUGUUUUUUCCAGUUACUUGAAAUUAUAGUGUUUUUUGACAUUACAAGCAGCACCGUCGUCAUUUUUCUUUGUGAAAUGAAGCCACGCUUUGGACCGCUCUUCCUUUCCGCUAUGACUUCUUCUUGUUUCCAGCAGCGUGGACGCGUGAGUUGACAUCAUUGUUUUGCACAGCUGUCAGAAAAAUAUACAGACUUUGAUGAAAGGAAUUGAUGCACUCAGAGGCAUAUGAUUCCAGUGGCUCAGACUCCUCAAUUCCCAUCCCUAACCAACAGCCAGUUAGCUUAGCACAAAGACUGGAGUUGGAAACAGCUUUGAUUCCAGUUGUAAUGUCACAAAAUCAGCCUCCCAGCACCACCAAAGUUCACUAAUUAACACUUUCUGUCUUGUUUAUGCAGUGGUUAGCACACAGUAAGAGGGUUCCUGGUUCAAACCCAGGGUGGGGGGUUCAAACCCUGUGGUGGGGAAGUUCUUCUGUGUGGAGUUUGCAUGUUCUCCCCGUCCUCCCGCUUCCUCCCACAGUCCAAAAACAUGCAGGUUAAUUUGUGGCUGUAGCAGCUUUGGCUGUAGCUUCAUAUUUACCACACAGACAUGAGAGUAGUGUCAGUCUUCUCAUUCAACUCUCUGCAACAAAGAGCAUUUCCCAAAAUGUUGAGCUUUUCCUUUUGACUAUUGCCUAAGGCAGUGAUGUAUCGCCCUCCCGCUGGCCAACGGUUAUCGUGUGCGCUAUUGUUGGCUCGCUGUCCAUUAUUUUAUAACAAAGAGAGGGCUCAUUACCUUUUUGUAGAAUACUGUUAUAUGACAUGUUAAAACUCACGACAAAGGAAACUGUCCACAUGCUGUUCUAUAUUUACUCCUUGACGUUUAUUCAGAUGGAUUUUCUUGUGUUGUUGUGUUGUUAUAUGCACAUGGAUGGCAUAUUAAUGACGUGCUUGCCUUCAGUCACAGAGAGACUUCACACUUGCCUUUCUAGAGACAUGGAUGUCUGCAUCAUGACGGCUUUCUAAACAGACGAUACUUGUAGAGCGGAUGUGCGACUUACAAAUAUAUGUAUGAGAAUUAGAUCUUUUCUUCCCCUUUUUAUAUUCUCACUUUGUCCCGUCUGUGAACGUAAAACUGAUCAAACUGAUGAAUGCGUUGGAGGGUUGCAUUGAUAUCACAGAUUUUCUUUUUCUCCUACAGUCGCCAAGUAGACGCUUCACGGCUGUUUGUUGUUGGGGUUAAGUCUCAUCGUAGUGUCCGCAGUUUGUGAACAAAAAGCUGGUGAAUACCUCAUCGCUGAUGUUUCGACGCGGCCCAUUGUCGAGCCGUUUUCUUGCAGUGGGCUCUCAUUCAAAGGGACAGGGACCCCCUGGUGAUUCCUCAUCUCUUCUUGUAGUUAUGUACAUACAGUAUGUGGAGCUGCAAGGCUGUAGUGUAAGACUGAUUGUUACAUAAUUGCUGCAUUUUCUUCAUAACGUGUCGUCUUCCUUUGAGCAGACUUUUGGAAAAACAAUGAAUUUAUAUUAUGUUGUCUCCCUCCUUUUUGUUUCCUCGUGGGUUUUCUGAUCAUAAGGAGAUUAUUCUUCUUAUUUGAGAUUUAAAAGAAAAUCUUUACUUCAGUUAUUAUAUUAGUUGAUAUUGUGGAGAGAGGAGUGUUGACUUGUUUGCAGUAUUUGGUUAAUUUGUGCUGUCAUCAGUAGGUUUCAACUAAAAUUAAUAGUUUGAUAUUUUUGGAAGUACACUUAUUCCCUUUCUUACAGUUUGAAAACACUUCUGAUGAAGCAAGAAACUUUUAUCUUUUUUGUGUCGCUUGUAAGAAGUCUAUUUUCCAACGUUGUUGGGGCUUGUUGUUGCACCUUGUGGUCACUAGGAGGGGAUAAACAUCAGCACUAUAAUCAGCCCGUUACAGCUAGAAAACUUAAACAAGCAAGAAAAGGUGAGAUUUCUGCUCUAUUAGAAGUGUUUUCAAACAUUUAUUUUUAGUUUUACAGGACAAAGACUUCAACAAUGAAGAGUAACUGCUUGUUUUGGCAAAUGUACACCUCACCGCCCCAUCUCAAAGAAGGGAACUGUCUCCGAUCAGACAGUCCUCAAUGCUGAUUUUCUUUUCAUACUAUGGCAAAGGCAUGACCAGACCUACACUGCCUCUGAUAAGCCGGUACACAUUGCCAUUGUUGGUUGGGUUUGUUAGGUUACGACAUGAGAAAUGAGAUUGGUCGUUGUAAGAAUAUCAGGGUAAGCCAAUCACAGGCAGGGAAGAAGAGAGUAAGACAGGUCAUGUCUUUGCCAUAGUAGGGGGGGAAGAUGCAUCCCAAACUGGGCUAGGAAACAGCUUUGUUUUCCGCUCAUGUUAGAAAAUACACCACCAGCACUUCUAAAGCUCAGUAAUUAAAAGUUUAAUUUUCAUUUGUUGCUCAAUUUAAAAAAAAAAAAAAAAAAAAUCAGGCACAAAAAUGACAAUUUCCUGUUUACAAUAGGUUUUAUGUGUCAGAUUAUUUCUUGCCCACAAUCACUAACCUCCCAGAAUAUCCUCUUUUUGCCUUAUAGUUUCUUACAUAACAACACUGUAAAUUAAAGAAGGACAUGACGAAAUACUACAGAUCAAGCAAGUUUAAUAUACAUGACAAUGGCAAGCUUUCCCACUCUUAAAUGCUGGAUAGUUGAGCUUCGCCUCCCCACAGUCUGCAGCAAGUUGUACUUGUGUUGCAGAGAAAUAGUCAGGCACAUAACCCCCAAUAAAACAGCAAAUUGUCAUUUUUAUACUUUUGAUAUUGUACAUAUUAAAGAAAAAUAUAUCACAUCUUAAUUUGUGAGCUUUAGAAGUGCUGGUAGGAAGAUUGUGUGACCUUUGGACAAAGCCAGGUGAGCUGUUCCCUGUUUCCAGUCUUAAGGCUAAAAUAAUUGGCUGGUGGCAGUUUCUUGACACAUGAUACCUGUUCUCAUGUAACUCUGACUAAGAAAGAGAAAAAAUGUAUUUCCAUAAAAACUACUCAUUUAAUUCUUUCAGAGGCGGUAAUGUCAGAGAUUUUUACUGACUGGUGUUUUUGGGGCUGCAGUUUGAAUUGAUCAAAGCAGCAGGACAGAUGAUGAAACAGUUAUUCCAGCAUGUCUCUAUUGUUAGAGGUGCUGGACUUGUUCAGUCGAGACUCGGAGAGAGUAGAUUCUGUCUGCCUCACUUAAACCACUUCUUUUUUUUUUUUUUUUUUUU